ACCCCUUUUUGUCCCUCUACAGGCCCCGUAUCCGCCGUUUCUUAGGCACCGUCGCUGGUGGAAACGUAUCAUCUCAUUAUCCUGAUCCGUGACAUCGCAACGUGCUGUGUGUGACAGUUUGUGGCAAGUGAAAUCUUCAGUCUAAGUGCCAACACAAUGGCUGCAAAUAGUUUGGAGCAAGAGGAAGAGGAGAACCCAGAAGCAGUAUCUCGUCAUAACGUUUUGGAAACGUUCACUGAGAGCAAAGAGACUCGAGCGCUGAUUGUCAGCCUGCGAGAUGUGUGUGAAGACAUGAUCAGCAGGGAGGUGUGCACGCAGAGAUUUAUAGUUAUUAUGGAUAACUAUCAAGAGCAGCCCCAUCUCCUGGACUCACAUUUAGAGUGGAUGUUGGAUUUGUUACUGGAAAGUGUUCGAGACAAAACCUCUUCACCUGUUCUUCAUCUGGCUUUUAAAUUCCUCUAUAUAAUUUCUAAGGUGCGGGGCUUCAAAAUAGUACUCCGUCUUUUUCCACAUGAGGUUGUUGAUGUACAUCCAGUACUUGAGCUGAUCCUGGCGCAGAAUCCUGCAGAUCAUGAGACAUGGGAAACACGCUACAUGUUGCUGUUGUGGCUGUCUAUGGCAUGCCUAAUACCAUUUGACCUGUCACGACUGGAUGGCAACCUCUUUGCAGAAGGAGGACAGAAACGCCAGUCUACAAUGGACCAGAUCCUGGAAGUUGCCAAAUCGUAUCUGGUUGUCAGUGAUAAAUCACGAGAUGCUGCCGCUGUUCUUGUUUCAAAGUUUAUUACCCGUCCUGAUGUCAAACAGAAGAGAAUGGCUGAUUUUCUGGACUGGGCUCUUGCAACAUUGUCGAAUGCUUCCUACCUGACGAUUGAGGGUACCAUCGCAAUGGAUGGGAUAUUGCAAGCCUUGGCCCAGCUUUUCAAACACGGGAAGAGAGAGGACUGUUUGCCUUAUGCCGCAACUGUACUGGACACACUGGAUAACUGCAAGCUCCGUGAUAGCAACCACACUGUCCUUCGGAAGCUGGGAGUGAAGCUUGUCCAGCGACUUGGACUCACUUUCCUUAAAACCAAGGUUGCCAAGUGGAGGUAUGAGCGUGGUUCUAGAUGUUUGGCUGCAAACUUGCUCCAGUCUUCCUCUGACACCCAAACUCCAAAUGUGACUGCCUCCGCAGAUGGUGAUGAUGAGGAAUACAAUAUAUCUGAAGAGAUUGAAAAUGUAGUAGAACAGUUGCUGGUGGGGCUGAAGGACAAAGAUACCAUUGUCCGAUGGUCUGCAGCAAAAGGGAUUGGACGAUUAACAGGGCGGCUCCCAAGAGAGUUGGCAGAUGACGUGGUGGGAUCUGUGCUCGAUUGCUUUAGUUUUCAGGAGACGAACAAUGCCUGGCAUGGCGGCUGUCUGGCUCUGGCCGAGUUGGGCAGAAGAGGUCUAUUGCUUCCCUCUCGACUUCCUGAUGUUGUACCUGUUAUAUUGAAGGCUUUGGUGUAUGAUGAGAAGAGAGGAGCUUGCAGUGUGGGAUCUAAUGUCAGAGAUGCCGCAUGUUAUGUGUGCUGGGCGUUUGCACGGGCCUAUGACCCCCUUGAAAUGAAGCCAUUUGUAAAUUCACUUGCAAGUGCACUGCUAAUCGCUGGUAUCUUUGACCGAGAUGUAAACUGCAGACGGGCAGCUUCGGCAGCCUUCCAGGAGAAUGUGGGGAGACAGGGUACUUUUCCACAUGGUAUUGACAUAUUGACUGCAGCGGACUAUUUUGCAGUCGGGAAUCGGGCCAAUUGUUUCCUAAAUAUUAGUGUAUUUGUAGCCAGCUUCCCAGAAUAUACCACAUCUAUGAUAGAUCAUCUGGUGGAGAUGAAGAUUAACCAUUGGGACAUUGUUAUUCGUGAAUUAUCUACCAAAGCUUUGCACAACUUGACAUCAAUUGCAUCUGAAUACAUGACUAAGGCUGUUUUGCCACGGCUCCUCCCUCUGGCCACAGGAACAGAUCUGCAUACUCGCCAUGGUGCCAUAUUAGCAUGUUCAGAAAUCACCCAUGCAGUGCACAAGCUGGCUGCCCAGAGCAACAGGACUCUGCCAGACUACCUGGACAAUGAGACAGUAACAGGUUUAAUAGCUAUUCAUCAAAGUCUUCAAGAGCGUCAGCUAUACAGAGGCUUGGGUGGAGAACUGAUGAGACCUGCAGUUUGCUGUUUAAUAGAAAAAUUGUCCCUCUCCAAAAUCCCACACCCGGGAGAUGCUGCCGUUGCUAAUUGGCAGCAACUUAUCAACGACAGUUUAAAAAGUCUUCACCUCUUCUCUAGUUCCUCCAGACAGAAAAUAAAGGAAGCUGCUGUAUCAGCCUUGUCUGCAUUGUGUAAUGAGUUUUACCAGGGCCCAGCUGGAGAGGUUGAUCCGGUCAUACAAGAUGAGAUAUUGGAAUAUUACAUUGCACAGCUGCAGAGCGCGGAAGAGAUGACUCGCUGUGGCUUUUCCCUAGCCUUGGGAGCCUUGCCACGGUUCAUGCUGAAGAGCAAGCUACAGCAGGUACUGGAAGGCCUGAAGAGGAUCACCUGCAUUUCUCGGAAAGAUGUCGGCUUUGCUGAAGCUAGAAGGGAUGCCCUGAAGGCCAUCUCCCAGGUUUGUCAGAGCGCAGGAGUUGAUGCCAGUGGCUCCCAGACCGACGUCUUGUGCAGAGACAACGUGCCCUUCAUCUAUAACACACUAUUACACUGCAUGAAUGACUACACCACAGACAGCAGGGGAGAUGUGGGGGCCUGGGUGCGAGAAGCAGCUAUGGCCAGUCUGCUGGACAUCACGUUGUUACUAGUGAAACAAUCUCCGGAUCUUAUAGGGGAAGAUUUCAGCCAGCGAAUGAUGUGCUCCAUAGUUCAACAGGCGGCUGAGAAGAUCGAUCGUUUUAGAGCCCAUGCUGGCACAGUUUUCCUCAACCUACUGUACCAAGAUAACCCACCCAUCCCUCACAUUCCACACCGAGAGGCUCUGGAGAGAAUUUUCCCCAGGUCACAGGCAGAGUCCCUGAACUGGAAUGCCCCUUCACAAGCCUUUCCUCAUAUCACACAGCUCCUGGGGCUGCCGAUAUAUAGUUACUAUGUCUUAAUGGGUCUGACUGUGUCUGUUGGUGGAUUAACAGAAUCAACGGUAAGAUACUCAGCCCAGAGUCUCUUUGAAUACUUGCGGACCAUCCAGAGCGAUGUGGAGGCCUUGGAAUCUUUCUCCAAGACCUUGCUCCGGGUCUUCAGGGACAACCAGCAUAAUGAUCGAGUUUCCAUUCCUCUUUUGAAGAUGCUGGACCAAAUGUUGGCCAAUAGCUGUUUUGAGAUCUUCACACAGGAGGAAGACCACCCGUUUGCUUCAGACUUAUUGGCACUUUGUAAAGAGGAGAUCAAGAGGUCAAAGGACAUCCAGAAGCUAAAAUCUAGCACUGCUGUAUUCUGUGGCCUGAUUCAGUUCCCUGGUGAGAUCCGCAAAAAAGUUUUAUUUCAACAGCUGCUCCUGAUCUCUCACCCGUUCCCAGUAGUAAGAAAGUCCGCUGCCAGCGAGGUCUAUGAAAUGUUUAUUACAUACGAUGAUAUUGUAGAUCCAGAAAUUCUGGAUGAAGUAAUGAGUGUGCUGAGCGACACCAGCUGGGAUGCUGACCUGGCAAGCGUGCGAGAGAAGCGUAACUACCUGUGCGACUUGAUGAAAGUGCCUAAACCUACACUGGUGCCCAAGGUGGCACAGUAAUGAAAACAAGAAACCCUGGUGAACGGAGUGAAAUUCCAAUAACAAGUAGGACUGUAAAGCAGUCGAUGCCAUCCUGUCUCUGACCAGCAGGUGGCACUUUAUGCUUAGUGUUAGCAUGUACUGUCCUGUACUCUGAAAUAAAAUCAUGUUUGUUGUA